ACCUAAAAACAUGGUGGUUCCAUCCCCAGCGCGAGCGGUUGCGGGGGCGGCCCCCCCUUUUGUCGAAAACUCCGCCGGGGCCAACUCGAGCCUGUUGGGCAUCCCGGGCACGGGGGAGCUAAAAAAAACGCGGGCCGGCAACCUCUGCAUGGCUCGGGCGGUCUUCACGCAGGACCCACCGGGAGCGGACGAGGGCCGCGUGACUGUGAGCAGCCCUUGCUUCGACACGGGCAGCGGUGCGUGGCGGGCGGUCUACACGGGCGACGCGCCAACCUUUGGCUGGGCGCUGGACUACGAGAGAAGCACGGUGCUGUACUCGGCCUCGCGGGUCGAAGCUGCGCGCCCCGGCGGCACCGUCAAGGCGCGCGGCAUCAUUCGGGCAGCCAAACGCAGCGAGCCAAACAAGCUCGCGCCGGUGGGCACAUUUGAGGCGCAGGCCAAGCUCCCGGCCAGCGCCAGCAGAUGAUGAGACGACUCUCGCAACACGGUGUCCGCGUACCCAUUGUAUAGCUAGAUCUAAUAAGAAUACAGAAAACAAUGUACAAUCGC